CGCUUUUGUCACUUUUGUGUUGUCUUAUCUCUGUCACUCUCUGUGGUUCUGUCACUGAUUCUGUGUCGCUCCGAAUCAGUGCUCCGAAGGUGUUCGAAGUUUUGUAGUUGUUCUGUGGUUCGAAGUUCGAAGUUUCUAACCUUCAAACUUGAAACCUUGAUGAAAUAAUAAUGUUUAUAGUGCUCCGGUGAAAAAACAAUGUCUGAGUUUUCACCAGAAAAAAGACUCAGUCAAACAAAAAUCAGUUCAUAUUUCACAGGAUGUGUAAAGAGAAUUCCAACUGACUCUCCAUUUAAGAGAAAACGUUUCCGUCGAACAAUGUCUGGAACUUCAAGAGAUUUUUCAACAGAGUCCGUUUCAAAUACACCAAGUAAAGCACAUAGUACAUUUGCUGGAAUUUCGAAAAGAAAAUUAAAAGUAGCAAUUAACUCAGAUGAUGAAGACGAUAUUGAAAGUGAUCAAAGGCAAAGUCUAUCAAAGGAAAAUAAUGGAACUCCAGCGGUAACAGUAACAGUAACAGUUCCAUUAUCUUUAAAUAAACCCACUUCUGUCGCCUAUUCAAGUCAGAAUAUUGGGACUUCAACUCCUCUAAACUCCUCAACAAGACACGUUCUUACACCGCCUUCCCAGAAUCUUAGUACUGCAAGCACCUCACCCAUCAAAAAUGUAUCUCCAAAGCAAACACCAAAAAAACGACUUUUUAACGAAAAUAGUACAGCAAACACUCCUAGUACAAGUAAAAUCUGUGUUAUAGAAAAUAAGGUAAUUGUCUCUUCCGUGAAAAAUACACCAAAGCCAGGAGUUAAAGACGAAAGCAAAAAAGUCAAUUAUGAGAUAUUAAAAGUUAUGAGAGAGUUUUUUAUCAACGUUUUAAAAUAUAACCACUUGAGAUGUUUGCUGAGUCAGAGCGAUCAAAACAUGCUUUAUAAUUUUUAUAACAUGGAGAAGGACUACCAAUAUACGUGUGUAAAAUUGUUUUUGUGGAAGCCUCUAUGGUACAAUAUUUUUACAUACGUUGAUCAAAUUGGGCUAAACAUGAACGAGAAAAAUGUGUAUGUUAUGUAUGAACACUUGAAAGAAAAAGGCUUUGUCGAUACAGAUUAUAUGGCUGAAGAUACAGUUACGCUGUUAAGUUUAUUGAGGUUGCAGGAUUUGCGAUAUAUUUUAACCCAGUUUAGACUACCCACUCCUGGGCCUAAAGAUGUCCUUAUUGCGAAAUUAGUGAAAAAUUGUAAAACGCAAGUUACGCUCACUUGUGCAAAAACCACAGAAGACGUUCUUCGAGAACGGAUUAAAGAGCGAAUGGGAUAUUGUAUUAAACUUUCUACAAAUCUCAAUAGAUGUUUACGUUACGUUUUUCUGUUAAAUACAUUCACUAAUUCGAGUCUGACUGUACCACAAGAUUACUUUAAAAAUGUUACAUAUUUUAACACUGUUUUUCCCUCCUGCAAAGUUGAAACUUUUCAUAUUUUUUAUACUCCACAGGAUUUCUCAAAGUACGCUAAUGCUGUUGACUUAAAUAGAGAGUUAGAAGAAGCUAUUGAGAAAAAGAACAAUCCAAAUAUUUUAGUACUUUGCCAAAGAGCCUUUAACUUGUUGAAACAAGCAAACGAGGAUGAUAAUAAUAGUAUUAGAGAACCACAUUUGGAACGGUUUACUCCAAACGCUCAAUACAUUCGCAUUAUAACAAAAGGUCUAAAACACCUAAAACGCUCCAACUUUCAAGACGUUAAAAUUUGGCUUGAAUACUUAAUUUCGCAACAGUUUUGCAAACACAAACGUGGUGAUUGGUAUUGCGAGUUAUCAUUGAUUUAUACUGAAUAUUUCAAAGAUUAUGAAAAGGCGGCAAAAUUAAUAAUAAAAGCUUUUAAAGAAGAGAAAGAGUUUUUGACGGACAUCCAAUUGCAAGAGCUCGCACAUAGAGGUAAACUUACAAAUAGGAAAAGCUACAAUUUGCCGCCAUUAUACCACGACGAAAUUGCUGCUUUAUCGCCGCGUUCAUGCGACCGUGAUUGGCCCCAAAAGGUUUUGUAUUGCAAAUCUCUCAAAAGCCAAGAAUCUGGUCAAAAGAGGAAAUAUGUUUAUCGCUGCGCCAAUGGUGAUGUUGAGUAUUUGACUGUUGAGCAGAUGGCUUUGAAGCAUUACGAAACGAUGGGGUUUCCUAGCGGGUUACACUGUGAGGGUAGUUUGAUGAUUGGGGCGUUCUGUCUGUUAUUUUGGGACAUCAUUUAUGAGAAAUACGUUCGCGGGACAUUCGUUUCUAACUUACAAAAUGCCCCGCUAGACAUGUACUCGCCUUAUUUUUACAAAAACAGAGAACGUUGGAUUCAAAAGCGACUGGAUGAAAUUCGGGACAAGUGGAAGAACAUUGAAUUAAGGACGAAGUUGAAUCAGGCUUGGGACCUACAUUCCCACGAAAGUUCCUUGAUGCAGGCUGAAGUGUCUAAGCCUGUUUAUAUUUUCGAUGUGAUAAUGUGUAUAGGGCGGCCUGUGGUCGCUAAAAUUUUUGAAAGAUUGGCUAAAAAUUUUAAAAUAUACCAUAGUGGGUUUCCCGAUUUGAUUGUGUGGAAUGUUGACGAGGGAAAGGCGAAAUUCGUGGAAGUUAAAGGUGAAAAUGAUAAACUGUCAAUUAAACAGAAGUUGUGGCUAAAUUAUUUGUGUGAUAUUGGAGCUUCUGUGGAAGUUUGUAGAGUGGAGCCCAAAGCGACAAAAAAACAGUAUAAGAGAAGUGUCUCGGCAGUAUCUAAAUAGUUUUCCAAGUGCCAUUUGUUUUUGAAAAGGCUGUUUAUUUUUAUACAUUUACUUUAUGUUUAGAUCUUUUAAUUAUAUAUAUUUUAUGUUAUUAUAUGUAGUUUUUGCAUUAUAACGUAUAAACUUU